GUAGUACUGGAACAGAUGGUUCCUGUGCUGGACAAUAUGACCCCAGCUCCUCUGACACAGAACUGCUCCAACUGCAGCCAGGUUUUAGUCCCAGAGCUCAACGUGGUCAAGGCUGUGGUUUUGGGCCCGGUGCUUGGCGUCUUCAUUGUGUUUGGGAUUGUGGGAAACAUCCUGGUGAUCCUCUCAGUUGUUUGCCAUCGACACCUGCGGACGGUCACACAUUAUUUCAUAGUUAAUCUGGCGGUGGCAGAUUUGCUGCUGAGCUCCACUGUCCUACCUUUCUCUGCCAUUUUAGAGAUUGUGGAUCGUUGGAUGUUUGGACGAGUCUUUUGCAAUGUUUGGGCAGCUGUGGAUGUGCUCUGCUGCACUGCUUCCAUCAUGAGCCUCUGCGUGAUCUCUGUUGACCGCUACAUUGGUGUCAGUUACCCUCUGCGGUACCCAACUAUAAUGACAAAACGCAGGGCGCUGCUGGCGGUGAUGCUGCUGUGGGUGCUGUCUAUCAUCAUAUCUAUUGGACCUUUGUUUGGCUGGAAAGAGCCGGCGCCCGAGGACGAGUCCAUCUGCAAGAUCACGGAGGAGCCGGCCUACGCCAUCUUCUCUGCCGUGGGCUCUUUCUACCUCCCUCUGGCCAUCAUACUGGUCAUGUACUGCCGGGUUUAUGUGGUAGCUCACAGGGAGAGCCAGGGCCUGAGGGAGGGCCAUAAGACAGAGAAGUCAGAUUCAGAGCGGGUGAUACUCAGGAUACACAGAGGCAACACAGCUGUGUCAGAGGACGAGGCCCUUCACAACCGCACACAUUUCGCCCUCCGACUGCUCAAGUUCUCACUCGAGAAGAAGGCCGCCAAGACCUUGGGCAUUGUGGUUGGCUGCUUCGUGUUGUGCUGGCUGCCAUUUUUCCUGGUGCUACCUAUCGGCUCAAUUUUCCCUGCAUACAGACCUUCAGACACUGUCUUCAAGAUCACCUUCUGGCUCGGUUACUUCAACAGCUGCAUCAACCCCAUCAUCUACCCGUGCUCCAACCAGGAGUUUAAGAAAGCUUUCCAGAGUUUACUCGGAGUUUGCUGUCUAAGAAUGACCCCCAGACCGCACCAUCAGCAUCUGAAUGCGGUUCAGAGCCAAACUCAGGGUCACAACCAGACGCUCAGUCUGGGCCUGGACAGCAGGGGGGCUCCCUGUCGACUCAGCCCUUCCUCCUCUAUGGCCCUGUCCAGAACCCCUUCCUCCAGGGACAGCAGGGAGUGGAGGGUCUUCUCUGGAGGCCCCACCGCCGGAUCUGGACCGGCUGAGACGAGCAGGGCCAAAGUGGCCAAACUCUGCAGUAAAAGCUUCCACCAAACCUGCUGCUGCAUCCUCAGCGGCGGGACUCCCCCACAGGAGUCAAACUGCGCCCAGCCCCCUCCUGUCGGAAACCUUCCCACCAUUAAAAUCCACCAACUGUCCCUGUCGGAAAACGGAGAGCCCGUAUAA